AUGCCAACCGCCCUCGGGCCUCGAACCGCGGGAGACGCAGCUAGCAAGCUGCAUCGGACUCCGGUCUCCAAUGGAUCGCUGGGAACGAAGACUGCCGAUAAACGUAAACAGACGGCGGAUGGAAUUUCUGGAGGUCGACCAUCCCGUGGUGUAGGAAAUUCGCAGGCGCGAGACCUGGCGGAGCAAUCGUUGAAGGACGAGGAGCAUCUCGCACCGCCUGCAGCCAAAAAGCGAAAGUCGCAGGAAGCACCCCCUGACGUAUGCCGCGAGAUCCUGCGCAACCCCGGUGCCUCGAACGAAAUGUUAGUCAUGGCGGCCACUCAUAGAAGGGUCAAGAACACCAUGGACAUGGUGCACCAGGUUGGCAAAGACGUCCGUGAACUCCACUCGAGUCAGGCCCAAAGCUUCGAGGAUUUGCUCGGCAACAUCACAGACCAUAUCGACAGUGUUCGAGAGCAAGUGGCUGAGAAGGCGGAUAUUGAAGAGACGUCGGAACUCAUAAUUGACAGAUUGCAACGCAUUGAGGCCAGGAUUCAGCGAGUGGAGGACGUGCAACGCGUGAAUUUCGUCGAUUUGUUUGAGACUUUGCAUGAGUUGAAGGAAGAAAUCAGGGAUCGCUCACACGGGCCCGCCGUUCAAGUCUACUAUGGUAACGCAUCCUACGGAUUCCAGGCAUACCAAGGAUAUCAUUAG